UAUUGUGAAUCAGUCUGAUGAACCUAGUGAAUUUGAUGAAUUUGACGAAUUUGAUGAAUAUAAUAAGCCUGAUGAGUUUGAUGAAUCUAAUGAAAGAUUAAAAAUAAUUAGCGAGUUUAUGGCUGCUAAUAUGAGAAUUCCAGAGCUUUCAAUAAUUUUGAAAGAAUAUACUGAUACUGUAUAUCGAUAUGCGAGUGAAUUUCUUAUUACACAUGAAAUUAUAUAUCGAUGUAUGAGCAAAUAUAUUAAAACACAAGAAAUUGCGCAGCAAUAUAACAAUCUUGACGCAUAUGGCUCUAUUCCUGUUACUAUUGCUGAAAUUCCAGUUGACGUAACG